AGAAUAAACUUAAACUUUUCAAGAGAACAAGAAAUAACACAUCUGUCAACUUUCCCAUUUCGUUCAAAUUUGCCGCCCAGAUGGUCUUCCAAAUUCGAACUCUACUUCCUUUGUUAGACUCAAGACUAUGGUUAAUUAGAUGUCUAUUUUUGUAUGAAAGCAUAAGUUUUGAAUUUCCCGCUCGUGUUUGUGUUUUCACACCUACACGGUAAGCCGACACACAUGGCCCGUUAUGGAUCGGGCAUAGAUCCAUUUCAUCGCCUUGCUUUGGCGGUUAACUUUCGCUCGUCGCCCAUCAUCCUCCCGAACCUUAAAAUGAGUCAGAAUUUAAACUUGAAGACCUUGGCAUGAUUGGGAUUACGGCGUGUUUGAAUAAGACAAUCUCGACUCUUGUGGAUAAUUGGCACUUUGGAUAUGACAACAAGUUUACGCACGUGUCGUUUGCAUGAGCCGUAAUUGACCCGACUCGCCUGAUUACGGCCAAACCAAAACAUUCGCAAACAUUCGCGCGCUAUUUGAAUCACUGAAAAACAUUUUUCCUAUAAUAGAUCUCAGAAAUAAAAAACACUCUGUGAAAGUAAAAAAAAACUUUUCCCAAUAAUGUGGUUCCUUUAUUCUUUAUCUUGUUUCUUUGUUUAAGAUUAAAGUUAAAAGUUAGCAUAUUUUUAGUAUAGCGUAGCCUCAUUAGAAUUUUGGCGGGAAUUUAUUAUUCCACGCGGCCUCAUCGAUAAAAGUUCAAGCACAAGCCGGCCACGGUUUUGUUACUGUAACUCGUAAAGUGAUUACUUAAAACGAUUGAUAUGUAAGAAAUUCGGGCCCUUUCUCCAGUUUGAAUUUACCGCAUUUAUGCGUAAUGAGGUCGAGCUACUCAAUUGCCGCGUCUCACACUUGAAAUCUGUACGCGGCACAUCUUUUGUUCGCACGCAGGUGUUUUCAUUUGGACUAGUGAUCAAAUAAUUGGGGCGUUUGCUAAAGAAUUCGCUGUCUUGUCACCGGAUGGGUAUAUAAAGAAAGCUUGCUCGAGUAAUUACAUCUUAAGCUCAUCAGCAUCGCGACAGCAUCUUGUCCCGAAUGAUGAAAAACCCUGCGACUUUCACCCCGCACAUGGAUGACUUGAAAAGGAGAAAGCAAAAGGCAACAAAGUCGUAUGCAGAGAGGCAACGCAGAACUCGAAUCAACAAGUCUUUAGAAGAGUUAAAGCUAACAGUUCUUGGGCCCUCGUACCAAAACGUGAAGUUAGAACACGCGGCAAUUUUGGAGUUUUCCGUGGAAUAUCUCAAGAUUUUGCAGACACAACUCGCAGAUGCCGGGAAACAAGAAUAUUCGUUCAAUCUUCCCGUCUUUGAUCAAUGCGAAGAACAGUCAUCAGAGAAUGAUGAAAAUACACCUAAUAAAGAGUCAAGGAAGAGAAAGUUAGAAAGUUUCAACUUCUCUAGCCCCGUAGAAGAGAUGGAAAACAUGCAGAAACAACUACCAGCGUCCAAGCGACUGUGCUACACUCCCCUGAAGUCAGAACCCCACUUAACGCCGAUCAGCGGCUUGUGCGAAAUACCGCUAUCAAGUCCUACACCAUCGAGUAGACAACCAGUGUCUUCCAGAAAAACGGAGCUAUCGCCGAGAAUAUCGCAUUCGAUGGAAAGGAAACCCUUCAAAGAUAGAACCAAAGCGAUGGAAAAUGAAGUCAACCAGAUUUGGCGGCCUUGGUGACUUCAUCGUAACAAGUUAUAAUCUAUUCGAGAGUAUUAUGUUAGCUAAGUUGACCGAUGUAUAAAAUAAUAAUAAUAAUAGCUAUCAAAAGUCAUUGUAAAUAACAUAAAUGAAAUAUAAUUUUGACAGAAUAAAUGGUGGCAUUUUA